GUGUGAGUGUGUGUGUAUACCUGGGAAGGCAAGUGCGAGAGAAAUUCUUUGAAAAUAGGGUUGGUGUUCCAGUCACAAGCCGCACUUAAUAACUUCGGUUUGGGUUGCUAAUAGUAGUACAUACGGACUAUUAGCUUUCGAGUGGGUUGCUCAUAGUAAAUACGGACUAGCACUUAUAAGGUUCAGAGUUGGUCGUUGACAGUUCAUACGGACUAGCAAUUAUUAGCCGUAGCGCACAGUACGUGCAGGCUAGCAGCGGAUUUUAUCAGAAAAAUCUUGAGCAACAAUGAAGAAAGUUGCCUUUACGUUUCUCUGGCUUUUGCUAGCGCUGGAGACGGUCUCUGCUCAAGAGGUCGGAGCGAGAGCCCUGCCCAACUGGCUGACAGGCAUCAUCGCAGUGGCCGUCUUCCUCUUCCUCGUCUUCGUCGCCUUCCUGGUGAACAAGGCGUGGUGUGCAAACGCCAGCCAAGAGCCAAAGGCAGUGCCGGUGCAGACCAGUGAAGACCACACGAUGACGAACGGAACAUACCUCAACACUUCUCUGGACAUGGUCAGAACCAGCGAUCACGAGAACGCGUACGAGAACGUGGCCAUCCAGAAAAGCGAAGACGACAAAAUCACAGCAAUGUGAUUAAUGUCAAACACACACAAUCCCCUGUUACCCCUCCCAUCCACUCACACACACUGGCAUUUAGAUCACUCCACACCCCAGUACACACCGACGCUUUAACACUGGCCAGCCCUUCGGUAAAUGUCAAAUAAAUACUCCAAAUUUAGCACAGACCUUCUCUUCAACCAUACACGAGUCCUACCGAGGUCAAUGGGGAUGGUGGACAGAGGAGAAAAUACAGCAGGGUGAAAACCCCCGCUGACGAUCAAAUCAAGAAAUUGGGUAAAUCAAACAUCUCUAGCGUGAAUACUGCAGUUUCUGCCCACUCGAACCCACUUUACAGAACUCUUAACUGAUAGGCAUUUCAUAAUUACGGAGCUUCAAUUUUGUAUUCAUCGAUCUUUAGCCUAUUUCUUCUUGUUCACCAGCAGGCAUCGAUUGAUUUUAUAUUAUCAGCAGAAGUCAAUACUGUAGCGUUACUAUGGAAACCAUUUCUGCUUUCUGACCGGUUUAGUGGUUUGACAUUUUGAAGCACAGCAUUCGCCUUGUGUAAACUUCUACAUUAAUCUGAAUGAAUCGUUUUGAGUAGGUAACAAUGUGAAGCUUAACAAUGUGAAGUAAAAAUAUAGCU